AUGUCGUUUUAUAUCAAGAGAAUAGUGUCGACAUUUACACCUUCCAGACCAAACUUUCCUUCCAGAAUUGAGAACAGGCAGCCACAGCCGCCACCACCCAGUAAUGAAGCAGAGUCAGAAUCCGAUGAUGACUACGAAGCUUGGGACGAAUUUGAGAAUUUUGAUGAUGAUUCAGGAUCGGACGCAGAUUACGAAAACGAGGAUGAACAACAGUCAUUAAAGAAACCAAAUUCAAGAAUUCCAGUGGAACCAAGCGAACCCCAGGAGGACUAUGCUAACUAUAGCCCUGACCAUAGUGACGAGGAUAGUAGCAGGAAUGGACACUCUAUUACUGACUCCCUAAGGCACGCUCUAGAGCAGAGAAAUAAAGUAAACCAAAGUCACCAUAGACAAGAAAAACCCCCAGAGCCUGAAGAACCUCCACCGAGACCUGCUCGACCUGGAAGGGGAGUUGACCGUCCACCACCGCAAAUCCCCCAGCCCCCGAGACCUGGUGGGAGGAACCGCAGAGAACAGGCCCCUCCCCCGGAGCCAGAGGAGCAGCCUGCUUAUAUAGAAACGGAUGACCCGUUACUCAAUCAGCCGGAAUACGAGGUACCAGAGGAGAUGUCUUCUCCUGCCCCGAAGCUUCCACCAUCCCGUCCUCCCAUGAAGCCCCCUGUACCGGAAAUUGAUGAUCAGCCUACUUACGAAGAUCCCGAUGAAACAGAUAAUCCACCAGCACCGCCCCCUGGCAGGGGUGGGAGGCGGCCUCCUCCUAAACCUGCUCAGCCCCCACCCCCUGAGCCUGACUUCCCAGAGGAUGUUUAUGAGGAUCCAGAUAAUAAACCUGACGUAGCCCCUGCUCCAAUACCUCAAAGAACAAAGCAGUUUAGAAUGCCACCUAUUCCCAAUAACCAGAAGAAUUCUCCAAACUUAGCCAGAACAAUAUCGGAGCCUGAUGGACCAGCCCCACCCCCUCCUCGUGGUGGCCAUGCAAAACAUGUUAAGCGAACGCCACCGCCCGUCCCAACAGAAACUCACAACAGUGAUGACUCCAGUUCUAAUUGGAGACCUACAAAAAAGGAUUAUGAAAAACCUGAAACUUCUCUUCCAAAAGCAAAUAAAACCCGGAACGCGCCACGUCAUCAGGCAAAACCACCGGAAGAUGACUACAUGGCGAUGGCUGACAAGGCUCAGGAAAGUGAUGAUGAAGAAGAUUACGAAAAACCCGAUCCAGCAGAGAGGCCACCAAUUGAAAGGUUACCGCCAGCACCAAGAGAAACUAAAGGUGGAUUAAAAGCGAAAAAGGUUCCUGUAUUUCCACCUCAGACAACUGAAUCUGGCAAAAAGCUUCCAGCAGGAGCAGUUCCUGUAAUUGGUUAUAGACCUGACUUGGCUGCUGACUCACUAAACACAAAGCACUCAUCAAGAGAUGAGAGUACCCCUCCUCCUGUGCCUACGUCACAUGCCCGUCACAGGGGCUCCCAAGACGAAAACACGCCGCCCCCUGUGCCAACAUCAAAGACCCCACACAAAUCCACUCCAAUCAACGAGGGCAGGUCAUUACCUCCAACUCCUAAAGAUCAUAGAGGGACAAACGGUGUACCCAGUAGCACAAACAAACCGAAGGGGAGAGGUGAGGGAUAUCGUAAUAUUCUAUAAGGUCCUCUUCUUGCACUGAAGUAUUUUCUGUUUCCCAAACAGCAUGUCUCAUUUUAUGUUCUGAAUUAUGUGCAUGA